AAAAAUGACAUGUGUGUACUUUUUUGUAAUCAUUAUAUUAGUAGUCUUGAUUAGAAGGUUUAGUAUAUUCUGAGUCCCGUUUUGACUGACUUUAUCUUGCAGAAGAGCUUGUUGGAUCGACAGCAAGGGUCCAAGUUCAUGUAGAACAGAAGGACACCCGGAACACUGAGGAAGAAGGAAAGGAGGAGGAAGAAAAAAAGGAGGAGGAAGAAGGGGAGGAAGAAGAGAAUCGCAUUGCCAUGGAAAGCCUGCCCCAUGUAACAGAUGAAGUAAAUUUCAAACCAAACAAGAUGGAAUGUUGUAAGAGAGUUGGAGUUGAAGGUGAUAAACUUCAACUAGAUACCUUCGGGAUUGAACUUGAGAUCCCUCCCGGUGCUAUUGACAGCGAAGCGCCGCGGGACAUUUAUCUUCGUGUCCUGACAGACACUCCUAAUCUUGGCAUCAGCAAAGAAGAGAUGUCAGUCUGCUUUGGUGUACAGUGCUUGGCCCCUCAUGACUUAGUCCUUAAGUUACCUGUGACUUACACAAUACCUCACUGUGCUGUGAUUACACGAUACUCCAGUGUGGAGGCAGUCUUGUACACGGGAGAGGGAGAAUACUCACCCGACGCAGAAGUAAAGGAACCAAUUCCAUUAACACAGUCCGGAAUACCCAACUGCAACAUCGAGAGAGAUUUACUUAGAUUGCAGAUGAAUCACUUCUGUUGGGCGUUCAUCAGAUUCAAGUUAAAUGUCUUUUUUGGAGGGAAGCGAAUGUGUUGCCUGCCAUUUGCACAACAGCAACUACCAGAGGAAAGAACUCCUGUCAUCUUACGUGCGUAUCUCUAUGAUGGCGUGAAAGGAAGCAAGGAGAUAGCGUCCCAGGAGGAAGAAAUAGGUUUCGCUCAUAUUCAUCCUGAAGCAGAGGUUCUAAUCAAAGUGGCAGAAGUGGACGUCAAAAUGACUUGUUUCAUAAAGGAUGAUCCAAUUGGAAAUCAUGCCGCACAUACAGUCACGUAUGAUGAAUUGCGGAUAGGACGCCGGUGGACAAAGUCCUUUAACUUGGACCUGAGCAGCCAGCUAGAUAAAAGAAUAGUAGUGACGCUGAAAGUAGGUCAGACAGGACAAUCACUGGUAGAACUGCUUUGUAUGUUCAACUUUGCAAUGAACAGUUCAGGUAAACUAGACGACUUUGAAAAAAAGCUGACCACUGUUGCUCGAAAUGUUGCCACGCGUGUUGAUAUAGAUAAUCUCAGGAAGGCUCUUCGCCUUCAACCAGGAGAUGUCCAACAUUAUGUCAACGAUAAUCCAAAUUCAUCAUACAUGGUUACACUAUCAAUGAUCCAAGACUGGAGAAAGAAGCAAACCAAGGCCACAGAGUGCGGAGCUCUGAAGGAUGUUCUAGAGAAAGCUGGUCAAAUUCAUCUCGCUAAUGAGCUAUUUGGUACUUAAUUGGAUGCGAAUGAUAUGCUUCUCUAUACUGAGGACUGUAUUGUUCAAAUGAUAUACAUGUAUAUAUAUUAGAGUACAAUGGUUGCGUAGCUUAAUCAAAGUUCCCCCUUGUUGGGGACGUGAUGAACAUAGUAACAUUUGUAGUAUAGUAAAUCGGUUUUUAGAUAUCUACUCUUUAUUUGCUACUGUUAAAAAUGCAAUUUUGUACGUACGUGUAUAUUUACGAUGACUUUACAUUAUGUUCAGCGCAUCCUUUCAAGCCUUUGCAAUAACCCGUAGUCCCGUAAUAAUUUUCACUGAAAUUCACUCGUUCCCAUACGCAUAACACAGGGACCAUACGGUUCCAGUAGACGAUAAGUUAAAUGAUGUUAAUGAAUUAAACUGUCUUUCCCUAUUGCUAUUGUAAUGAUAUUUUUUUGGAAUAAUUUUUUAUGUAAUGUACUAUCUGUAGGAAAGUAUUUUCAAAAUGAUGUUUCAUAGGUAUUUGUAUGUAUAUUUUUUUCUUCUUUUGAAAUAUGAAUGGAGUAUUAAACAUUGCUGCACUUUGAAGUAAAAUCAUCAGUAAUUGUAUUGGCUUCAAAGAAUCAUGCAUGGUUCUGUUCAUCUGGUCUAAGAUGAUAUAGUUCACUUUUUUAGUACUUAAAACAUCAUCACAAAGAUUCUGAAGAAAUCAAAAAAAGAACUAUAUCAACAUUCUUCUAUAGCCCAUAGAAACCAUGUUCAGAUUAUGUAAUAUGUCAUUGUACUGUUCACACAUUUCAGUAGGUGAUGAUGGACAAGAAUUAUGAAAUUAUGAAAUUAUGUUGAUUUUCGAAAGUCUAAGCGACCAUUCUUUUACGCACUAGAAUUGAAUGUGCAUUCAGGAAAACAAAGGCCCAAGUUCGCAUUCAUGGUAAACAUGUAAUAUAAAUGAAAGGGAAAUCAUGUUUAAUUUCCUAUGUUCAAGUUCAAGUUUUAAUUCCAUUUUCACCAAGAUAAUGGUAUCUACACAGAUAAUGGUAUCUACACAGGUACAUGUAUGAUUUGCAAUUGCAAAUCCAUUUGUGAUUGCUACUUUUAUAAGGAAUCAUGCUGCAACUUUUUUAGCUAACCCAUUUUUUCUCUAAUUUGAGGUAUACCUUGGAUUUUAUUGUAGAACACAAUAAUAUUAACCCCUCAAUAAUUAAUAUAUUCAUAAUUUUAUGUAUUCAUUGGUAUAUUUUUAUACCAUCAAAAUUAUGUACUAUACAUUCAUACAGUGCUUUUAUCAUGGUUUGUAACGAAAUAUAAUUAAAUCAAAUAUACAUGCUCGCUAAUCUGAAACAUUUAUAGUCAUUGGCAAGAUCUAAUCACAUAGAUUCGAAAGAAGUACAAAGUUUAGAUUACAAUGUGUAAACCUCAGAAUUGUGAUGAAAGGAGACAUGGAAAAUUAUAUUAGUAAUUUUAGCAAAGUACAGUGCAAAUUAAAGACGCGUAAUUCAGGCGUUAUGCAGAGGAUGACUAAAUGUGUGUUAUACAUGUAUUGCAAUGCUAAUUCUCCUGAUACUCUCACCAUAGGUGGAGUAAGGAAAAGUACUAUUACAACAAGAAUUAUCAAAGGAUUGCACAAUUGGGAUUUACUGUAUGUUAGGGAAAGGUAACUGAUUAUUAUAAGUCCCUCUAUUUUGUGCUCCUUUCUAUAGAUCAUUACCGGUGUGUUUAAAUAAACAGAUCCAAAAUAUUCCAUCAAUUGUCUAUCGUCAGGAUAUGAUAAAAAUCGUAGCUGAGAUGGAAAAAAGUAAAGUAGUAACUUCUUCUGUAAACAUUAGAUACUGAAAUAUAUAUGUAAAAAGUGAAAUAUGGUUGCAAAGUGCUGCAAAAUAAUCUGUAGUGAGGAAAUG